AUGGCACAAGAACUAAUAUUAACUCUACUUCCUUUUUUCUCUCUUCUACCAACGUUUGUGUUGACAAGCCUUGAUGUCUCUAAUACCGUUUCAUCACUAUCGUCAAAGCCUGUACCAUAUUGUUCAUUUUUUUCUAAUCGUGUGCCAAGUUCACAACCAGCAUUAACUAAUUGCACUUGGUUUAAAGAGAAUAGUUGCUGUCGAGAAAAUGAAGUGCAUCUUAUUUUUUCCCAGGUACGUCCAUUGAUUGGCUCGUCAGCAGAAUGUACUCGUUUUUUCAAUACAUUAAUGUGCUAUGUAUGUUCACCAUUGAAAUAUGAUUUUUAUCGAAACGAACGUUUACACAUAUGUUUAUCCUACUGUGAUCGGAUGUGUAAGGCGUGUGCAACAGCACUAAUGAAAGGGAUAUCUGUUGGGAAAUUAUACGCAAAUGGCCGUGAAUUUUGUCUUUCACGUCGUUUUGAAACCAAUGAUAUUGAUAAUUCAUCAUUGUGCUUUUCGGAUGAUGAUUUAGUAAUGCAAACAAAAAACCAGAUCAAAAUUAGUGAUAAUAAUAUGAGUUCGACAAAUAUUGACCGACCAAAUUUUUUCAAAUUAUUUAUUGUCAUUUGUUUAGCUGCGAUGCUCAGUUUCAUCUUAUGCUGA